AUAAUAAAUUCAGUCUUCUUUCUUCCAUUUCGUGUUUUCUCUCAAUCUCUCAUCAUGGUAUCAGACAAAAAAAACCCUAACUCUAAAAUUUCCUCAAUGCCGUUCUACAUCAUCAACGUCUUUUCUUAUUCAAAAUGACUUUUGAUUCUACUUUUUCCGCUACUCAUCAAUUCGAGGAUUAUUUCAAUCCCUUUUAUCUUCAACAUGGUGAUCGUCUUGGUGUUGUUCUUGUUUCUCAGCUGCUUAACGAUGAAAACUACCUUACUUGGAAUUGAUCCAUGUCCAUGGCUCUUAUCUCCAAGAAUAAGCUUUGUUUUGUGAAUGGUGCUCUGCCACCACCCCCUUCCUUUGAUCCGAUGCACAGUGCAUGGAUCUGAUGUAACAAUGUCAUUCUGUUAUGGCUUCUCAACGCCAUGUCCAAGGAGAUCUAACUCUGCCGAGAAGACGUGGAAUGAUCUAAAAGAAAUGUUUGCUCAGAGUAACCAUCCUCGCAUUUUUCAAAUCCGAAAGAACAUUGCUUCUUUAACUCAAGAAGCUUUCUCAGUACAGUUUUUGCACCAUCUCCUUCAUCCACAUCCGAUCCUUCUUGCUCAGGACCUCUCUAAUUGGAGGACAAUUGGAGUAGCUAAGCAAUCACAAGGAUUAUACCAUUUAAUAAAAUACAUCUGUUCCUACUUGCAAAUCUACAAGAAAUAGGAGACCACCUGAUUACUUGCAACAUUAUCAUUGUUCCUUGACAGCAAAUAAUGAAGUUACUCAUUCUCCUCUGGUUGCUGGUUCUUCAAUUAUAGGUACUGUAUAUCCUAUCUCUUCCUACUUAUCAUAUUCAAAAUUUUCUAAUUCAUACAAACACUUUUACUCUUAUGUUGAUUCUCUAUAUGAACCAAAAAUUUUCCAUCAAGCCAUCAAACAUCCUCAUUGGAGGGAUGCAAUGGCUGCUAAAAUUAGUGCUUUUGAAGUUAAUAAAACUUGGGUUUUAACUGAUUUACCUCCUGGCAAAUAAUCCAUUGGUUGUAAAUAGGUGUAUAAGUGCAAGUUGAAAUCUGAUGAUACUGUAGAAAGAUAUAAAGCUCAAUUAGUAGCAAAGGCUUAUACUCAACAUGAGGGCAUUGAUUAUUUUGAUACUUUUUCUCAUGUGGCAAAGCCUACUAUUGUUCGUUGUUUUCUAGCUUUGGCUGCCAUUCACAACUGGGAAUUACAUCAAAUGGAUUUAAAUAAUACAUUUCUUCAUGGUGAGUUGGAUUAAGAAGUUUCAUGAAAUUACCACCUGAUUUUUCAAAACCAGAAGACUCUUGAGUAUGCAAGUUUCUCAAGUCCUUGAAUGGUUUGAAACAGGCUUCUUGCCAAUGGUUCUCUAAGUUCUCUUCCACCUUACUUACUUCUGGAUUUAAUCAGUCUAAAUUUGAUUACUCUUUGUUUACAAAGCAUUUUUGGUGAUUCUUUUAUUGCACUUUUGGUGAAUGUUGAUGAUAUUGUCAUUACCUCUAAUAAUUCAAAUUAUGUUGCUGAUCUUAAAGCUUUCAUUCAUUUACAUUUUAAGCUAAAAGAUCUUGAAAAUUUGAAGUAUUUUUUGGGGCUUGAGGUGGCUAGAUCUUCCAAAGGUAUUUCUCUUUCUCAGAGAAAAUAUGCCCUUGAGAUUGUAUCUGAUUAUGGUCUUCUAGUUGGUAAGCUUGUUACUUCUCCUAUGGAUCAAAACCUGAGGUUGUCCAAAAUUGAUUCUUCUGGUCCUUUACUUGAUGAUCCAGCUUCUUAUCGACAGUUGAUUGGUCGACUUCUUUAUUUGACACUCACCAGACUUGACAUUUCUUAUUCUGUUAAUUCUUUGAGUCAGUUUUUGGACCAACCUUGACAAUCUCAUCAUGAUGCUGCUAUGAAGGUUGUUAGAUAUGUCAAGGCUACUGUUGGUCAAUGAUUGUUCUUUCCCAAUUCAUCCUCUAUGCAGCUGAAAGGUUUUUGUGAUUCAGACUGGGCCACAUAUCCUGACUCUCGAUGCUCAGUUACUGGUUUAUGUUUUUUCAUUGGUGAUUCACUGAUUUCUUGGAAGUCCAAGAAACAAGUAACAGUUUCUAGAUUUUCUGCUGAAGCUAAGUAUUGCUCCAUGGCCUCUACUUGUUGUGAAAUAAAACAGCUUCUUGCAUUACUUGUUGAUUUCAGAAUUAAUUUUUCUUCUCCAUCUGUAUUGUAUUAUGAUAGUCAAGCAGCCCUUCAUAUUGCUGCUAAUUCUGUUUUUCAUGACAGAACUAAACACAUUGAGAUAGAUUGUCAUUUAGUUAGGGAUAUGAUUCAAGCUAGCACUGUAAUACUUUACAUGUUUCAUCUGGACAUCAAUUAGGUGAUUUUUUUAUUAAGCCUUUGAGCACACAUCGAUUCCA